UGCUCGAUCACACUCCCUCACAGACACACACAGAGACAGAGAGCGCACAGAUAUAAAGAAAGCAGUCAUGGAUAUUCACACAGCCCCUACGAGGAAUAACCGACUGGACUAUUCAGACGACAUGGAUCCGAAAAACGCGAAACACACGGAUGACCGCUUGGACAGCGGCAUGGACUCGUUAAAGGAGGAUGAAUAUCAGCAGCUGGUGCAGGAAAUGGCGGAUCUGGAGCUGCCCAGGAGCGCGCAGGACAGUGCGCACACACACCAAUCCUGGAAGCAUGAAGUCACCGAGGAUGGAGACACGUACCUGCAUCUCGCCAUCAUACAUGAGGCUGAGAAUGAAGCGCUCCAGAUCAUCAAGCACUGCAUCAACGACCCAUUCCUCAACAGACAGAACCACCAGAGACAGACCGCGCUCCACUUGGCUGUCAUCAUGGAGCAGCCGCACAUCGUGGAGAAGCUUCUGAAAGCCGGCUGUGACCCGCGUACGGUGGAUCAGAGCGGAAACACAGCGCUGCACAUCGCCUGCAGGAGAGGCUCGCUGUCCUGUUUCUCCGUACUCACGCAAAUUAACACGCAUCACCUGCGCAGCAUCCUGUCUGUCCCAAACUACAGCGGACACACGUGUCUGCACAUAGCGUCCAUCUGUGGCUUCCUGUCGUUGGUCGAGAAUCUUGUGCAACUGGGUGCAGAUAUUAAUGCCAAGGAACAGUGUAGCGGUCGCACGUGCCUCCACCUGGCUGUGGAUCUCCAGAAUCUGGCCCUCGUGCAGCAGUUAAUCGCUCUCGGCGCAGACGUCAACAGCGUGACCUACGGCGGACACGUCCCGUAUCACCUGACCUUCGGCCGGCAAAACGGCGAAAUCAGACAGCAACUGUUCGCAAAGACGGCGUCCGAGCUGCGCGAGUUUCCCGACUCCGAGAGCGAGAGCGAGGACGAGCUCAUGUCCGACGAGGACUGUUUAUACGACGACAUUCAUUUUUUCGGGAAGUGAAGUGAACUAAAGAAACGAGAAAAAAAAAAAAAAUGGGACUGAGUUUUCCCAUGAAGCAAAACAGAAGGCAGCUGGUCCUCGUGAUGACGGCCGUGGAUCACGUGACGUGGCGUUACAUGGCGUGACGUAGCGUGACGGCUCAGACUCCUCUACGCACAACAAGGAGAUGGAAGAAUGAAACAUGAGGCUGAAAUAGGUGCUCAGAAUGCAGGGAUUAUGGGAAAUUUCUGCCCUUCCUCAAAAAUCCCUGAAGUGACUGUACCUGAGAUGCAAGUGUAUUAUAUUGUAAAAAAAAAAAAAAGAAGUAAAAAGUUCUAUUUUUAUACUUGUAAAUUGUUAAUAAUGACACUAUUGUACAUCUUGAAUAUAUUAUUGUGUAUAUGACCAUAAAACGUUUUAUAUUAAAAAAAGAACAUUCCGUUGAA